CGACGUGACCUCCCCCUUCUCUAUGAUCGCGUUUGACGCUCCGCCACCUACUCCUCCGCUGAUCUUUUCCCCUCCUUCGAGCUGCGCCUCCUUAUUGUUCCACUCCUCUAAUCCGUGAAAUCUAGAACAAGAACCGCGUGGCGAGGCUAGCCGGUACCAGUGGCACCGAGGAACUCGGUACCAACGGAGGUCUCAUCUUCGGGAACGAGAACCGCGCUCCCUCUCUUUCUCUUUUUCUCUCUCUUUCUCUCUUUUUCUUCUCUUUUCGUCGUCGUUUACGAUACGACCACGUUGAGCACGUUCUCCGAUAACGAGCCCCACGAUCGGCAAAAGUGCGCGUAUAAAACCGAUCCUGGUCACCUGGAACACCUAGUCCACCGGUACACCGUGUCAGGAACACAUCGUCUCCGUGUCUCCGAAGAUUCACGUUUAGGAUCUCCGAAUCGAGCAACUCUUUGAACAUUCGAUCGGCCGAAGAAUAUUUGUCAAAGUUUCGUACAGUUCGAAGAGUGGACGGAUCAAAGGCACGUGUCGUGUUUACCAGUGAACGCGAUACCUUCCGAGCAGCUUUCGUGAAUUAAAGGAACGACGAUAAUCCGUCACUGUGUCGUUCGACUGGUUACCAGUGGGAAUUACACGUAGCUGUCUUCUCGAAGAAGCGAAAGUUGUAUCGUUCGCAAUGCCACGAAGCGGUUGCCGUGCGAAAACCACCAUGUUUGGAAGAAGCAGAGCGAGGACGAUAGUCCUGGUCGGCCUGAUGUUGCUCACGCUCCUCGACACGGUUAAUAGCACUCCUUACAAGAGGUCCUUGCUCAGGCUAUGCUCGAAAAGUCUCAGCGACGCUCUGUACCUCGCGUGCAAGGAUCGAGGUUACAACGAGCCGUUUUCCUACAGCAGCGAGGAUAGUCCUAUGGAUUCCGUGGGCCCGGGACUCGCGGAGGAGUGUUGCUACCAUACGUGCACCUAUACCCAGCUGCAACAAUAUUGCAAGCCGGAGAAGUCCAGUUCCGUGGACGCCGUAAACAACCCGGUCUGGAUAGAAAAAUACCCGUACCUGUCCACAAGGUCGGCAACCUCGUCGUCGUUGGAAGAGAGAUCGAGGUCGGACAUCGACUACGUCCACGGUACAAUUAAAUGUAAAAUCCACGGGUCGAAGGGAGCACGAAAGAAGGGGGCUAACAUGGACCGUGACGACGACGCCGGCGGCUGCGACAGGAAAAACCCGUUGAGGAGGCAUCGCGCCGGCCAUUGCGGCUGCAGGCAUCGACGACAGAGGCGUCGUCGUCUUGGCAAGAUGCUAGAGAAGACAUCGGGCGUGAAAUCGGGUGCGCCAUUGAAAAAAGAGGUAGAAACGGAGACGAAAGCAACGACCCGUGAGGCGCCAUUUUGAAGCACCUCUUUCAUCUUAGCAUCGAACUCUCUGUGUUCUAACUUCUUUCCUCCUUCGUUCGUGCACCCGUCGAGACAGUCGAAGAGACCACGAACUCGAAACAAUCGUAACAAACAAAGAGAGCUAAACGAGCAAAAGGAAGAAAAGCGCGAGAGGGAACAAAAUAUCUAAGGAAGAUGAGGCCAAUGGACAAGAAAGCGUGAGGAAGCUGAUCCAAGAGGACAGAGGCGGACGAAAGAGAGCGUGCAAUCAGUAAGAUGUCUAGUCCCAUAAAAUAGUGAGAAAUUGGUCAUUGUAUUUUCUGGAGUUGUGAAGGAAGAGAUUAGAGACGAGUAAGAGUAAGUCGUUCGAUCGUCCUCCCUUCGAAUCUACGGCGCGAAUGGUCGACUUGGAAAUUUGCGAUCUAAUCUACUCUGCAAUUUUUAACAUAUUAGUCGAGUAUUUUACCAAAUGGAUAAAAAAAACAGGAAAAAGAAAUAUAAAAGAUGGAAAAAAAAUGGUCAAUUUUCGUGGAUUUCUCGUACAUGGGCCAUCGCAUCGCUUGAAAAACGACGCUCGAUGUCUCUGGAAGCAGUGCUCGUGACGCGGAGUAUCGACAAUUCACGAGUAAUCGCGGCUGAAUCCGAAAAAAAUGGAGAAGCUAUACGUAUGUAAUAAAUUGGAAAAACCGAUCCGGGCCAUCAGUCGCGCGCGAUCUCCUAGAGAAAGACUUAAAUCCAGUGUUGUAACACGUCUAACCUAACCCUAUACAAUAAGUGUAUGUAUAUAUAUUUUUUUGCUCGAUUUUUUCGUUUUAUUUUAUUUUAUUAUUAUUAUUUUUCUUCGUGUCUUUCUCUCUCUUUUUUUUAACGAGACGCAUACACACGCAUACAUACAAAUGUACAUACGAGAGAUAAGUUUAGUAGGACUCGUUCGCGAUUCUUUCUGCUUUUUUUUUUUUUUUUUAUUUUGUUUCUCCGUUUCGUUCCUCUCGUUAAGUUGCCGGUCACUUUCAGCUCCCUUGUCGAACAAUGAUCUCACUAGUAUUAGAGCUAAGGAAUUCUACAUUUAAUAAAUUAGUGCUGAACGAACUAGUCACUAAGGACGAUGGUAAGAAAUACCGAGCAACCGAGAGGCAGACGAAAUAUGCGAGGCGAUCGGAAUUUUCUCGGAGAACAAAGUCAGAAUCGCGAUUCCUUUUUGGAUGAUGAGGUUUAGGUGGAAAAUUUCUCGCUUCGUUUUUAUUUGCGUGUCUUUUUGAAUAGAAAGAAGUCAAUCUGGCCUUUAAUACCCCUAUUGCGUUUAAUAAAUUUUACGUGAUUUAAUCGUAUCCUUAAAUCGAUGUAUCUUUUUCUUCUGUAUGAAAUUUUAAUGGAGAUCUUUCUUUUUUUUUUUUUUUUGGUCUUGUUGAUCGAGAUAAAUUUUUAAGAUUUUGACGAAUUUCCAUUAUUAUCUAAUACGAUAGGGGGGUUAAA